AUGGCAGAACACGAUUAUUUAGAUUCAAUGGAGAACAAUCACUUAGAUGGAGCCAACGGUUCUCUUAACAUGACCGAUAAUAGUUCGGGUGGAGGUGAUGAGGCAUCAGGUACAGGUUUACCUGACAUAGCAGCUAUCAAAGCCCGAGUGCAGGAGAUGGAAGAGGAAGCAGAAAAAUUAAAACAGAUGCAAACUGAAGUUGAUAAACAGAUGAGUAUGGGAAGCCCGCCUGGAAUUACAAGCCCACUGAAUAUGUCAUUGGAAGAGAAAAUAGAAGCCGACAAUAGAUCAGUGUAUGUUGGUAAUGUGGAUUAUGGAGCAACAGCUGAGGAGUUGGAACAGCAUUUUCAUGGUUGUGGAUCCAUUAAUAGGGUUACUAUUUUAUGUAAUAAAUUUGAUGGUCACCCCAAAGGCUUUGCUUAUAUUGAAUUUGGAGACAAAGACAGUGUACAAACUGCAAUGGCUAUGGAUGAAUCAUUAUUUAGAGGCAGACAAAUUAAGGUGAUGCCAAAGCGCACAAAUAAGCCAGGGCUGUCCUCAACCAACCGGCCACCCAGAGGGGCGCGCGGGCGAGGCCGCUCCUACCGCGGCGGCUACUCGCCCUACUACGCCAGCCUCAGACCCGCGAUCCGCCGCGGCAGGGGUAUAAGGCGGGGAUCAUACUACAAUCCGUACUGA